CACAUGCUCUGCUUCGUGUAUAGUUCAGAUUCAACCUCCCAAAACUUCUUCAGGAGAAUAUUAUCCUCUUCAAUUUGUCCAGUAACAUGUAGACUUGUAAUGUGCUGUGAAACAGUAAAUGAUGUAUUAUUAUUACCCCCUGACAAAAUCCAGCCCAGCAAAUCGACCGCCCUUGCAGUCGCGAAGGACUCCUCCGAGCCCUGGUCGACGAGAGCCCGCAGCACGUGUGACUGCCCCGACUCCGCUGUGACGUGCACCAAUGCUGUCGUCAGCAAGGUGCCUAGACCAGGUUGUAGACCUCGUGAUGCGCUCGACGACGUGUGCGCAACAACGACGGUUUGUAUCUUCUCUUUGUUGUUGUUAUUUGUUUCUCCAGACGUAUGUGACUCUUCACUUGCUUGUUUCUCUCGGUGCAAUAACGAAUGAUGUUUUCUUUUACAAAUCUGGCAAGUUGUCUUCUGUUUACACUUGAAUACAUUGUGAUUCGGUAUCAAACAAUUAAAACAGAGAUUAUUCUUCUGUACAAAACUGUAUCUAUCUUCAAUCGAUUGCUUAGAAAACUGUUUGCAUUGAUAUAUAUAAUGAUCUUCAUUGCAGAAUGUGCACUUCACUUCGCUCGUUGCAGUUACAUGAAACAUCUUUGUUUUCACAGGUUUGUAUACUUUACUUGCAGGUUCAACCAUCUCCAGGGUACGAAAUCUGUUUUCCAGGAACGAUUUUAAUUUAUCAAAACUAGGUAAGUCGUCAGACUCAUCUCUGCUAAUUAACUCUUCCCAUUCCUUGUGAGUGCUCGAGUCCAGUUUUGAUACUAUAGAAUAGUUAACGAUUGCGUCCCAAUGAUUUGUAGGUAAGCCUAGAUGUUUCAGUGCACUCAUACAUUCUACCGAAGUGUCUAACAGUUGUCUUAAAGCUGUAGCUGAUUCUUGUGUUAACGUUUUUUGUAUAAAGAAUUUCUUAAAAACACAGUUCGCUAUAUAUCUCUUAUUUGCAUAACGUUUCUUCAGUACUAACCAAGCUUCCUUAUAAUUUUCAGCAGUUAUAGAAAAUUGUCGUAACAAUGCUUCCGCUUCUCCAGCUAAACUGCUCUUUAGAUAAUGUAGCUUCUGAACAUCUUGUAAAGAUUCAUUGUUAUGCACUAAUGCCAUAAAUAAGUCAUGGAAAGACUGCCAUUCAGUGUAGUUGCCAUUAAAAGAAGGUAGCGAAAUUCUUGGCAAUUUAACUUCACUACUAUUCGAUGUACUAGGUGUACUAGGUGUAGGUGUGUGUUUAGACUCACUUUUUGUCGGCUCCAUACUUUCUAAUUUAGACAUCAUCUCGCCUUUGUAAGUGUAAUACACUUCUUCAAAAUCCUCACACAUGUUGUCAGCGAAAUAAUUUGUAGCUUGACGCUGUUCCAUAGCGACCGACAAAAUUAACAUUUCAUGUACGGCUUUAAACUCCUUCCAGUACGUUUCCAGUGUAUCUAUUCUUCCCUUCACAUAACCAGCUGUUAAUCUCUCCCUGGGAGAUUUCUUGUAGUUAACGUACGCCUUUUUCACCUUUUCUAAAGUGUCGGCCUGAAUAACUAUGUGUUUUUCAAUGUUUUCCAUUGUAGUAAAUGUCUAUCACAACAUACAGUCAAAAAACACCACGUAAACUACGUAACCACUGUAGGAAAGUUCCAGUCCUUUUUUCACUUUUUAUGCGUAGGGUAAGCAAGCGCCGCACAAAAUUGUCCAACAAUUUCACCUAAAUCACGGCGACUCACUACUGUAAUACACGGCACAGUACUGUCUUAUUUGUAGUUAAGAACCAAAAAACGUUUAUAUGCACGAUACACCUUGUCCUUAGUUCGAUUAUAGCACU